AUGUUCGCUACAAAGCGUCUGAGCAAGGAGCUCAUUAAGAUGCAAGAGCAUCUCCCACCGGGAAUUACAAUAGUCAAAUGUGACAAUCUGGAGGAAUGGCAGAUGGACAUCAAGAUCCUUGAUGACAACCCACUUUAUCUCGACCAAACUUACCGCCUGAAGUUUACCUUCAGUAACAAGUAUCCUAUUGAACCCCCCGAGGUCCAAUUCAUCCAAUGUCCUGACUCCACCGGCACACCCCGCACGAUCCCAAUGCAUCCCCACAUUUACAGCAAUGGCAUUAUAUGCCUUGACCUCCUAGGGUCCGCCGGUUGGUCUCCGGUACAGACAGUUGAGAGCGUCUGCAUGAGCCUUCAAAGCAUGCUUACCGCCAACAAUCGUGAUGAGCGACCCGCCGGCGACAAGGAAUUCAUUGCCACCAACCGCCGUCGCAUCCGUGACAUCAACUUUGUCUACGAGGAUGACAACGUAUAG